CAAAAAUGGCGUCUGGCACAGGCUGAGCCAUCAGUGACCACAACAACAUUAGUGCAUUAGAAGUCAUCUCCCAAGAAUGACGCCUGCCGCUGAAUCAAGACUUGCGCUGGACAAGCAAACCCAUACAAACCGCCUUCAUCAUGGGGAAGUACGGCCGCUCUGAUGCAGAUGUUCCUGACGAACACGGCAAUGAACAUUUCCACGGAUGCCAGGAGACAUGAUCGCCUUUCACUUAAUUAUCUCCCGUUUACUAUUGAAGAAGUGACCUUCUUUGAGGCGGAAGAUGUCAGCGCUGAAAAAGGUGUUACCAUGGCUACUACAAACUCACUGCUGUCUUUUCUUUGAGGACCCAGACCAGAAGUUUUCACCUUGGUCACCGUCUCAAAAGUUCAAUGAAGGCAGACGCCUCCCUCUGGCCAGGAACAUGAAGGGCUUAUCAGGCAGCCGUUCCCAGCACCAGAUCCCUUUACCCCAUGGCUUGGACUAUGACCCCCACGUCCAUGACCUCCACGCUCACCAUGAGUCCCGCCACCCGUCCUACCUGCUCAGCCCUACAGAAAGCUGCCCCAUGGAAUUCCACCACCGCUACUCACCACGCAGCUCCAUCCACUCUGACUGCAUGAUGAUGUCUCCUGUCAUGAUGGCCCCAACUGCUGCAUCUGACCACAUCUCCAGCAGCACCUUCCCCAGAAUGCAUUACAGCUCCCAGUAUUAUGACUCAGCCACACGGGAUGACUGUGCCGCCAUCACAGCCUCUGCCACCUCCCCAGCCAAUGCCGGCACCAAGAGCAACCGCCUUCCCGCUAACCUACUAGACCAGUUUGAGAAACAACUGCCAUUACACCGAGACGGCUUCCACACGUUACAGUACCAGCGAACCACCACCACCACUGACCAACGCAGCGAGAGUCCUGGCCGCAUCAGACACCUUGUUCAUUCUGUCCAGAAGCUCUUCACCAAGUCCCACUCCCUGGAGGGAUCAUCCAAGAUGAAUGGCACAAAAGGUGAUAUUGUAGGAGGUGGAGGAGGAGCAGGGGGUUAUCACCAUCAUGGGCACCACUCAACCAAACAUGGUAGCAAGAGGAGCAAGAGCAGAGAACGUAAGCAUCGCUCUGGUGGCUUUUGGAGCUCGGAUGACAACCUGGAUAGUGACAGCACCUACCGCACACCCAGUGUCAUGUCACGACACCACGGGGAACACGUCAGCCAUUACUACCCAGAUUCCAUGCACAGCCAUCACUUUGGGGACCUGUCACUCAAGGCGUCUAAGAGUAACAAUGAUGUCAAGUGCUCGGCCUGUGAGAGCAUGGCCAUGGCGCCCGAGGGCAAAUUCAUGAAGAGGAGCUCCUGGUCAACACUGACAGUCAGCCAGGCAAAGGAAGCCUAUAGGAAAUCAUCUCUUAAUCUAGACAAACCCAUGAUGCACACGGGCCUCAAGUCUUCAUCACGGACAUGUCACUACCUGCAGGUGCCCCAGGAUGAGUGGAGCGGAUACCCAGGUGAGAGGGAUGAGGAGAUCCCGUGUCGGCGGAUGCGCAGCAGUAGCUAUGUCAAAGCUAUGGGAGAGGUGGAUGAUGAAAGCAGUGAUUCUGACACCAGCCCUAAGACCUCCCCACAGAAAGCCAUUCGGCCUGACGCUCUUGUCCUCAAAUCAGCCAUGCACAGACCCCAUUUAGACUCCCAAAGCCAGGGCUACCACUUGCAAACCACAAGAGAUAUGCGGCCCCACCCUAGUGUCACGCUGGACCCUGCCACCACCUUUCAUCCCCCACCCUUCCGCUCUCGAAAUCAGAGCUACAUGCGUGCCGUCAGCACCCUAAGUCAGGCUAGCUGCGUCAGCCAGGUGAGUGAGACUGAGAUCAAUGGCCAGUUUGAGUCAGUUUGCGAGUCCGUUUUUAGUGAAGUAGAAUCCCAGGCCAUGGAGGCUUUGGACCUGCCUGGUUCGUUCCGCACUCGAAGCCACAGUUACCUCCGUGCAAUUCAGGCUGGUUAUUCCCAAGAUGAUGACUGCUUGCCUUCAAUGACAUCCUCCACUGUCACUUCAACUCUCAGAUCCACAACAGGCGCCCGUAGCUUAGCUGGGGGGCGUAGAGAGUACGGUAGGUCUGGGAUUCAGUUUCGUCUCCCUACUACCUGCAGUGUGGACCGUGCUCAGCCACCUCCAGUGGUAUCAUAUCCUCCCAGUUACAAGAAGACUCCACCUCCUGUGCCCCCGCGCACCGCCACCAAGCCUCUUAUCUCUGUGACAGCCCAGAGCAGUACAGAAUCCACCCAAGAUGCUUACCAGGAGAGCAGGCAUCCACGAGGCGGUCUGUGGACCACGGAUAGCCUGGGGCGUCCCGUCUAUAGCUCCACCGACAGCCUGGACAGCACCAAGGCGGUGACCAUGGCCAUGGAGUCAGCAGCAGGCAAGAGACUUGCAUCUUUGGGCAGCCACACCUCCGUCCAGACAUGCGACAAAGCAGUGCUGGUGUCCAAGGCCGAGGAGUACCUCAAAACCCCACGCUCCUCUAUUGGGAUACAGGUGGAAGGUGUGACAGAUUCUGAGGUUGAAAGUAAACGCCUUCCUCAGUUCCAUUCUAUUGGGAUCCAGGUGGAGGAUAAAAAACGGCAUGGGCGGUUCAAGCGCUCAAACAGUGUGACCACUGCAGUGCAGGCAGACAUGGAGUUGGAGGGCUUUCCCUCCAUGGAGGACAAGGGCCUGCAGUUUGGUGGUGCUUUUGGUCGCCACUCCGAGCCCAGCACGCCCACGCAGUAUGGAGCCAUCCGUACAGUCCGCACACAGGGCCUGUUCAGUUACAGGGAGGACUACCGGCCUUCCAGUGGGCCCCCCAGCCCACAGCCCGAACCGUGGUUGGUUGAACCCAGCCUGGAGAGCACGGAAUCAGGCCGCGUGUCCCCUCUUCGCAGGGACGGCAGUUGGUUUAUGCAGCUCCUUCACAGUGAAACCAAACGGUUGGAGGGAUGGUGCAAAGAGAUGGAAAGAGAGGCGGAAGAGCAUGACCUGUCCGAGGAGAUCCUAGGAAAAAUUCGGAGUGCAGUGGGAAGUGCCCAGCUACUAAUGUCUCAGAAGUUUCAGCAGUUUUACUGGCUAUGUCAGCAGAAUCUGGACCCCAGUGCCAUGCCCAGACCCACAUCUCAGGACCUGGCUGGGUUCUGGGACCUCUUGCAGCUUUCCAUCGAUGACGUCACUGCCAAGUUUGAUGAGCUGCAGCAGAUCAAGAGCAACCAGUGGCAGCUGGUGGAGAGCCCCGAGAAGAAGGAGCGAAAGUGGCCACCACCUAUGCCAAAGCGGCCAGCCAAGGGGCGUGGCGCCAUGACACGGGAGCGCUCUCUGGACCUUCAGGAUCGCCAGCGACAGGAAGCCCGCCGACGCCUCAUGGCUGCCAAACGAGCAGCUUCUUUCAGACAGAACUCGGCCACAGAGAGGGCAGACAGCAUCGAGAUCUACAUCCCUGAAGCCCAGACACGGCUUUGAGGUCCACCAAUUCAUCCUCAGCUCCUCUUGUCCACCUCCAGCCAACACCAGCUCGUGGCAUCUCAUCCAGCCUUGUUCGGCUGUCAUCAUUGCUCCUCCACUUUGUCAUCAGUUGCCAUUCUCUGUUGUCCCAUUAAAGCUACACUAGGCAAAGAUUUCAGUUGAAAAUCCAUCCUCCUUCUCAGUUUUUCAGGGGAAGAUUGCCCUGAGUGAGAAGCCAGUUUCGUCAAGCAUACACAAUCCCAUAGGAAGGAGUUUUGAUUGAAACCCAAACUGUCUCCAAAACACGGCAGACAUACCAGCAUUAGUUUCCCCCUCUCGUCUCUCUGGUAGUCUUUGGUUAAAAAUGAUCCCAGGCCAGCUGGAUUGGGUAAACAUGAAUGCUGUUUAUGCAUUCACUGCAGAUCAUUUGCAGGUAUUUAAGGUGCAGAAAACUGGAGCUGCUAGCAUGAAGCUGCCUAGUGUAGGUUUAAGCCCGUGGGGGACUUUUUGCCACAGGUUCUGCUCCAUGAGAAUGAGCUGCUAGACCAAAACAUUUCACCUGGUAUUUAUUUUAACUCUGUCAAAUGAACGUAGUGAUUUCUCUAGUGUUUACUGUUAACGCUCCAGUCUUUUCCAGCAUUGCCAUUGUCCCACUGUGAGUCAAGAUAAUGCGAUACUCGCCACAUUCAGAGGGAACCACAAAGUGCAACUUUCCUCUCACCAGCAACAGUGGUCUUUGGGUUAAAGCACCCUGUGCAAAGGAACGGUGGCACCAGAGAUGGAUGUAUUUUAGGGAGAUGGAAAAGCUUCUAAAAAUACGCACAACCUCCGAAAGGGGAUAAAUAUUAAAUUCUCCUCAUUGAUGUAUAAACUUCAUGUCUAGGCUUUUCUACGGAGGAUCUGCAGGUAAAACCUGGUACAGUCAUUUGUCUUCCUUCUUAAUAAUUUGUUCUAAAUGUCUUGUGGCUAUAAAGUCACCGUAGAAGGGAGUUAAAUGUCUGGCAGAGUAUCUGAGGUGCUGCACGGCUGUGCCUCGGUUUGUGUCUUACCAUCAUCUCUCCAUCUUUAACCAGGGAUGCUGCAGCUAGUGACCAGUGUUGCUGAAUGAGCUCUGAAAAUAAGGCUAAAAUUCCUAGACCAUCAUUUCCACAUUUAUUCAUCUUCAUUCAUCUAAAACCAUCCCCUCUUAGGACUUUUUUUUUAAUGAUAUGUAAGUUAUUUGCUGCUGGAUACAUUUCCAUUGCAGAACAAAUAUGAAUUAUUAACAAAAGAGUUUUGCGCAGCCUGAAAGAGGCGACAGCAUCAAACAGUGCAUCUUGCACCUUAUAAUAUUCAUGUUUGUAUUUCCAAGGGAAACAUAGUUUAUAAAGCUUGUGAUAUUGUUGCAAGUGAAUUGCAAGGACAGAUAUGGAACAUUUACUACUGAAUUUCAUAAAAACUGCACUUUGUGUCGUUUUGUUUUCAUCUCUUUCUGAUGGCAUUCAGGCCUCUCGUAAUUACAAUGUUGUGACUAACAUAUUUACAGUAUCUAUCAUAUGACCAACACCACAAUAUACAGUAUACAUUUAGAAUUUCUCCUUAAAACAGUUGUGGGUUGAGAAACGAUGCAUUUUACCUGCUGAUUAAGGGGUGUUUCUUAGCUAACAGAAACCAUUUCUCAUAACACACUGCAUAAAACCUUUUGUCCCAGGUGGCACAUAAUGAAAACACCUAAGUUGAUAUUUUUGAUCUGCUCAUGUAGUCUAGGAAAGACAGGUGCAAAUGACACUUUAACAAUAUUCAGUUACUAUAGUAAAUGGUGCUGCUUUUUACUCUAAAACUGUUGUCCUUUACCCAGUCCUAUGUGCACACACACACACACAUACACACACACUCAAGGACUUUUUAAACAGAGAUUUAUUAAUAUGGUGCCCGUUGUCUCUCCGAUAACUUGUGGUAGAUUUUGACUUUAGAAAAGAUCAUCUUUGCAAUGCUUUUGCCCUUAGCAAUGAAAAUGAGGAGAAGGUUUUAUGGUUCAACUUCCUUUCUAACAUGCAAAACAGGUCAGGGAUAUUUAUCAGAUGGGAGAGAUUAUAGGCUUCGACAUUCCACCAACCUUAAAGUAAAACUGAAUGUGCCCACCCUGAGCCAAGGGCAUAGUGCUACAGCUAGCUCAAAGUACAUUAUAUCCAUCCAUAUUUUAUAAUACACCUAUAAAGAUUCCCUGACAUUUGCAAUACAUUGUCGUUUGCCAAUCUAACCCCAGCUAAUUAAAACAAACAGUCCCACCGGGCCACUAGCGGAAUGCUGCAGUAUAGUGUUAAAUGUUUCCCAUUUUAUUGUAAUUAAAGUGGCACUCAGUAGGGGAGGGCAGUCCACGUAGUGUAAAUACUUCAGUGAGGCAGCGAGACAUACUUGUCAGGAGCGAAUAUGACAGAGUGGAUUUUGCUUGCGUUUGUCUGAUCAACAGCUGCAGUAUUUUAUUUUGUGACGUGUACAUCAGUGCUAAAUCUAAAAUCCUUACCUUACCCGAUGGCCUUAACCAAAAUGCUCAUGAAUGUAGAGCCCCUAAAGAUGCAAAAAAAAAAAGCCCAGGAGAUGAGCAGAUGCUGAAAAUCCAGCUAAACUGGACAGGAGAGAAGUCACUCUCAGAUGUUUAUUUUAGUUAAACUCAAGUGUUCAAAUUUACGUGAUUGGGUUUAAGAUUAAACGUGAAAGGGCACAAAACUAAUAAAAGAUUACAAGCCAGGUCACUCAGCAAUAGGAUGUCACUUCAUUGCUUAAAAGGUAUAGCAACUGCACACUUUUCAUAGGAAAGUUACAUAGGAAGUGUGUGCUAAUAGUGGAACAAAAGCAAAUAUUGAAAAAUGUUUCUCUAAAAAUAACUCAACCCAUACUGUACACGGUCCAAGAAAUAAUCCAACAAAUGAAUUUGAGUAAAGCAACCAGCUGCCCUAGCUCAUCAUUGUACACCACAGUUCGUGUACAGAAGAAUCUGGCAAUUGCAUACAUUUGCCGUGAUCCAUACUGUAAUUCAAUUGUCAAACCCGUUUACAUAUACACUGAUCAGCCAUAACAUUAUGACCACUGACACAGAACGUGAAUAACUUUAUCUCCUUACAGUGGCACCUGUCAGUGUGUGGGGUGGGUUAGUGAAUGUUCAGUCCUCGAAGCUGAUGUGUUGAAAACAGGAAAAACGGGCAAGCGCAAGAGUCUGACUUUGACAAGGGCCAGACUGUGAUGUCUGACGACUGAGUGAGAGCAUCUCCCAGUCUGUAGGUCUUGUUGGGUGUUGCUGUUGUACCUACCAACAGUGAACUGGUGACAGGGUC